GUGACGCUGGGCCGGCAGCCAUUGCUCCGCGGCCUGACGCCAGGACGCUCUCCGUGCUUGGGUGACUUAAUGCGGGGUUAAGCGCCCUGCUGCGGGACGGCGGAGAGAAAGGAAAGACAGUCGGGUCUAGAACGGAGAGCGUCCCUGCCUGGUGCCGCCUUGGUCCCCGGUGGCACGCUCGGAGGCCCGCCGCGGUGUUGCUAGGCGACCGCGUCGGGCUCGGAGCGGCUGGCAGGGCUGGGAGCCUGGGCGCCCCAUGGACCAGUACUGCAUCCUGGGCCGCAUCGGCGAGGGCGCCCAUGGCAUCGUCUUCAAGGCCAAGCACGUGGAGACUGGCGAGAUCGUGGCCCUCAAGAAGGUGGCGCUGCGUCGGCUGGAGGAUGGCAUCCCCAACCAGGCGCUGCGGGAGAUCAAGGCUCUGCAGGAAAUCGAGGACAAUCAGUAUGUGGUGCAGCUGAAGGCCGUGUUUCCGCAUGGCGCAGGCUUCGUGCUGGCCUUUGAGUUCAUGCUGUCAGAUCUGGCCGAGGUGGUGCGCCAUGCCCAGAGACCGCUGGCCCCCGCACAAGUCAAGAGCUAUCUGCAGAUGCUGCUCAAGGGCGUCGCCUUCUGCCAUGCCAACAACAUCGUGCAUCGGGAUCUAAAACCUGCUAACCUGCUCAUCAGUGCCUCAGGCCAGCUCAAGAUUGCGGACUUUGGCCUGGCCCGGGUCUUUUCUCCAGAUGGCAGCCGCCUCUACACACACCAGGUGGCCACCAGGUGGUACCGAGCACCCGAGCUCCUGUAUGGUGCCCGCCAGUAUGACCAGGGUGUUGACCUGUGGGCUGUAGGCUGCAUCAUGGGGGAGCUGUUGAAUGGGUCCCCCCUCUUCCCGGGUGAGAACGACAUUGAACAGCUUUGCUGCGUGCUUCGCAUCUUGGGCACCCCCAGCCCUCAAGUCUGGCCGGAGAUCACGGAGCUGCCCGACUACAACAAGAUCUCCUUCAAGGAGCAGGCACCUGUGGCCCUGGAGGAGGUGCUGCCGGAUGCGUCUCCUCAGGCCUUGGACCUGCUGGGUCAGUUCCUGCUGUACCCGCCUCGCCAGCGCAUCCCGGCCUCCCAGGCCCUCCUGCAUCAAUACUUCUUCACAGCUCCCCUGCCUGCCCACCCAUCUGAGCUGCCCAUUCCCCAGCGCCCAGGAGGACCUGCCCCAAAGGCCCACCCAGGGCCUCCUCAUGUCCACGAGUUCCACGUGGACCAGCCUCUCGAGGAGUCACUGCUGAACCCAGAGCUGAUCCGGCCCUUCAUUCCAGAAGGGUAAGAUGCUGGCCCAGGUCCUACUCACCUGCCUCCAAGGAUCACGCAGGCUGUUUGUCCUCAGCUUCCUGCCAGACAGCCUUCCAAGGACUCUCAAAGCCGCACUGGGCCACUCUCUUCAUGUGCUGCUUCUUAGCCUUGUAAGGUUUGGUCUCAAAGAGGCACAGGCCAUGCUCCCAGCCAAGGCGAUGAGGAUGUCCAGCUCAGCUGAGGAGACCUGUGGCCCCUGCUCUGUGUCCCUCACAUCUGUGUGCUGCCGACUUCAGCAACACAAACAGCGAGCUGCACCUGCUGUCCAGGACCACCACACAGAGUGGUGACACCUGCCUGGGUACAGGUCCCCAGGGCACUGCCUCCUGAUCAAGAAUCAUCCAGGGAAAGAAAAGAGAUGUCCUCAUCCUGAAAACUCAAGUGGGACGAAGGUUGGGUUUGGCUUUGUUCUCAGGACAUUAAACACCCUAGUUCAGUGUUUGGGAUUUAUUAUGAAGGCCUUAAGUGGCUCUGGCUCUGUGUCUGCUCCUAUCAAGGGAAAUGGCAUCGUUUAAUGGCCCUUGUUUUCUGGGGGUCACUGGGAAGUAACUGACCAUAGUUACUUCUUCCCUGAGGGCUUCCUGUGGGCGGCACUUGUCUGAGUGUUUAUUUGCACGUGAGGUGGACAGAAGUUCAAGCCCAUGAUGGGCAAGUGGGGGAUGCAGCCACAGCCACCUGCAUCUCCCUUGGGGUGAGGCUGAGCCAAAUGCAGCUAUGCAAAUGAAGAAACUGGCAUUCCUGGAAUUUACUUACUCAGCAAAUCCUAAUACAAUAUGUGCUACCUCUGUUUUUUUCUUAUUUCAUAAUUUUUUUUUUUUGGACAGGCAGAGUGGAUAGUGAGAGAGAGAGACAGAGAGAAAGGUCUUCCUUUUUGCCGUUGGUUCGCCCUCCAAUGGCUGCUGCGGCCAGCGCAUCACGCUGAUCCGAAGCUAGGAGCCAGGUGCUUCUCCUGGUCUCCCAUGCAGGUGCAGGGCCCAAGCACUUGGGCCAUCCUCCACUGCCUUCCCGGGCCACAGCUGAGAGCUGGCCUGGAAGAGGGGCAACCGGGAUAGAAUCCGACGCCCUGACCGGGACUAGAACCUGGUGUGCCGGCGCCGCAAGGCAGAGGAUUAGCCUGUUAAGCCACGGUGCCGGCCUCAUAAUUAUUUGAUAAGAUGAUUCUAAAAAAAUAAAUGGAGGGACUGGCACUGUAGUGUAGUAGGCUAAGCCUCCACCUGCAGUGCUGCCAUCACAUAUGGAUGCUGGUUCAUGCCCUGGCUGUGUCUCUUCCAAUCCAGCUCUGUUAUAGCCUGGGAAAGCAGCAGAAGAUGGCCCAAGUCCUUGGGCCCCUGCACCUGCAUGGGAGACCCGGAAGAAGUUCCUGGCUCCUGGCCUCCAAUGGGCACAGCUCUGGCCGUUGCAGCCAUUUGAGGAGUGCACCAAUGGAUGGAAGACCUUUCUCUCUGUCUCUCCCUCUCCCUGUAACUCUACCUCUCAAAAUAAAUGAAUAAAAUCUUUUUAAAAAAAUGGAAAUGCAAAGAGCUAAGAGGAUGAAGCAGAGGAGGAGAUGUGGGAAGGAUUUACUAACCAGGUGUCAAAAUUUAGUACAAGGUUAUGUAAUGACUAAGAAGGUGUGGAUUAGUUCAGAGAUAAAAGCAGACCAGAGAAAUUUAAUCUCAGCGAGUCUUUAUUCUUAAAGUGUUUGUUUUAUGCUUCACAUCUGUCGACUCCUCUGUGAGCACUGGAGAUGACUGACACUAGGGCAGCCACUGGCCUCAGCAUUCAGCGGGAAGCUGUUGCUUUCAGGAGAGUCCAAUGUCUUCACAGUCUGGCCUCUUCAUCUCCCCGGCUGUGACUUCUGCAGACUGUAAGCUGUGGUGGGUAGAGAUACCAGCCUGCUCAAGGCAGAGUCAUGUCCAGAGUCAGUGCCAAGAAUAGGAAAAGACCAGGGUGAGACCCAGGGUCAGUGCCGAGGUUAACAGACCCCAGGGAGGACAAGAGCCGGGCUUGGGUAAGAAGGACCCUGAGAGUCACUGUGAAGGUCAGGUGAGGAUGGGGCUGAAGUGAGGAACAGAGGGCUAGGCUCAAGUUCAGGUGAGAGUGACAGCAAGACAGUGAGGGCCAAUAUAGGACCCAGGGCCAGUUCUGUGGUCGAGGGAAAAGACCUGGGCCAGGUAUUGGUAUGGGUCAGGAUUAUGGGCAAGGCAUGAGCAGAACCAAAGCCGAGCAUAAAGGCUGAUUGUAGGGAGAUGGGUCAUUGAGGGUUAGAACCAGGGCCAGGAUGUGGUCAACGCCACAGAGGAAGCCAGGGCCAGGGGAACGGCAGAGUGCGCUGAAGGCUCACCUGCUGGUAGGAACAAGAAGGCAAAGAGGGCACAUGUGGUAAGGUGAGGGCAAGACCAGGCAAGGCUGAAGAACAGGGUCAGGACGUGUUCACUGGGGUAGCUGAGGUCUAGGGGAAAGGCUUCAAGCAAGAUCUAGGUGAGGGCAGGUGCAAGUGCAGAGAUGA